AUGCCGCCUCAGCUUUUCCAGGAUCCUUUGGUUGUGGAGAAACUUUCUCAGCUGACUGUGACUCCAAAACUAGAACCCGAGUCACUGAGUUUGAAUACGCGGGAUCUCGUUGAACAUGGAAUCGUAUGUGGAGAAAAGGAGCAAGUGUUGGUCAUUUCAUUAUCUUACAUGAUCUCACUCGCAGUGAUUUAUUGGUAUCUCAACAACGUAUUCGGGAAAUGCCUAUUCAUCAGCAGGUUAAAGCACAGGGCAGUCAUUGAAGCACGAGUAAUAACGACUGACGAUGUGAUAAAACGAGUUGAUCCAUCACUCACUCGUGAGGAUGUCAUCGAGGAUUUGAAGCAAUGUGCACGCCUUGUUCAAGGUAACUUUUGAAG